ACGAAUUGGCAGCCGUACGGAAUCAGCGGCGGGAGAAAUAAAGACAGAAGGGGCAACCAUGAAUUGUGGAGGUCGGUUUGUUCAGACAUUACGGAAGCUGGGCUAUCCUGACGCCUCAAGGCUGGAUGGAGAAGACUUUGACUGGCUGUUUGAAACCACAGAUGCCAAAUCUUUCCUAGACUGGUUCUGUGCCGGCGUCACGGCGCAGAAUGUGGUAUCAGAGGAGAAACUGCAGGCUUUUAAUGAAUUGAAGGAGUCUGGGAAAGCUCUGCUGGAUGAGAAGGCUUUAGAGGAGGUGAUGAAGACAUGCAGACCAUCCAGCUCUAAGACCUCUGCUUUGGAGGAGGUGGCGGUGGAGAAGCUGGAGGAAGAGCUUCACACCCUGAAGAAAUUACGAGGGUUACACCUACAGAGGUGUAAUAAGAUGCAAAUUAUGGUAUCUGCCAAUAUCCACUCCUGUAUGAAGCUGAAAGAUAGGGAAGAUGAAGAGGCCAAAGCCUUGAACAAAACCUUGAGUGUCCUGCAGGUGACUGGAAACAAGCUGAACCAUGAGCUCCAGACUGUUGUCGAAGGCAUCCAGAAACUCAUUUCCUUCUACUGCCCUCAGGAAAAGGGUGAAAUGUCAUCAUCAUCACCCAUCUUCUUAUUCCAGGUUCUCCUAGAUAAGUACUUAUCAUGUGAAGAGCAAAGCACUUCUGCUCUCACACAGUUUACCAAAGAACAUUUCUUUGAGGGCUUAUCGAAGUGUAUAGAUGGGACAGAUGAAGACUUUCGGCUUAUCCAACUGGAUGGAGGUGCCAGUGAUGAUCCUGUUCUUGAUAAAAAGUGCAAAGAGAUGAUGAGGCUCCAGCUGGCUUACAUCAGCACGAGAAACAAGCUCAUAGAGACCAAGGCCAAGAAUUCCAGUUUAAAGACUGGUCUGCAAUGGGUUGAGGCCAAUACUCGCUUAAUUCAGAGCAAGGCCUCUCAGAAAGAAGAGCUGCUGGUGAGAAUAUCGAGCUUGAAGGAUGAGACAUCACAGGUUGAAAAUCACAUAGAAGCCUUAAAAAGAGAGACUCUUCCAGCCCUGGUCCGGGAGAGUGCCCAGUUACUGAAUAUGCCCAUUGUCAAAGGAGACUACGAUCUGCAGAUGGCCCGCCACAGUUUAUACACAUCCAGGCAGGACCUGGUGUGCAGUCAUCUGAUGAAGCAGAGGGCCUCCUUUGAGCUCCUACAGCUGGGCUUUGAGUUGGAGCUAAGGAAACAUAGAAACCUUAAUCGUCAGCUGGAAGCCUUACUUCAAGAGCUGAGACACAGUGGUGAAAGACUGGAGGGAAGAUCCAAGAUGAUGUCUGAUCCUGCUUUGUUGUCUUCAAACAAGCCAAGGGUCAACAUUGAUUCGAGAGAUUCAGCCACCCAUGGGUUAUUUCAGCUUCUGGAUGGAGAUGACACUCAGAAACUGUUCAGGACAUACAGCAGUUUAGAAUCGCUGGCGCAGAAGUUAUCCCUGGACACCCAGUCUCUGAAGGACCAGCUAGCCAUUUCUCAGCAAGAACAAUCCCUCUUUACGUCAAAGCUCGAAUCCAAUCUAAAGACGUUACAAGAUUAUAUGUAUCCGGAUGGAGCAUGAACUUAUGUUAACUACCCCAGAGCUGUCCUCCAAUUUCAGCAAUUAAAUUCCCACCUAGAUAAGUUAAAUCAGAUUUUAUUGGAAGUUCUGGAGGAUGUGCGGGUGAAGAGGAAGAUUUUACAGUCAAGCAAGUUUGACAAAGUGGAAAAAGAACUUUACGUUUACUUCUUCCAGAACGAGGAGCUACUGAGAAGCAUUGUGCAAAACCUGGAGUCCCAGGCAGAUCUCCACGCCUCAUAGUCAUUGUUUUAUUAUUACAGAUUCAAUCAUUGUCCAGACACAGUGUACAUUUUAUUUGUAUUCAAGCGAAGGUUACUUUUGGUCCAAAAGUCAGUGCUGGUUAAUUUCUUUUCUGUUUUACUGAUACGGAGCUUCAAAUUCCCUCCAUAGACAAAAAGUUGAAUGACAAUAUCCUGGAUACUUGUAGCCACCACUAGGGGGAGCCCAGGAGCUUACUGCAUACUGUUAUUAUCGAGUUCUAUGCAGUAAGCUCCAUCUAGUGGUGGCUGCACGCAUUCAGAAUUUUCUCAUUCUACUUUAUGUGCAUGCAGGGAAUUUUGAGCUCUGUCAGCGUCAAUUGCUAUAAAGAUAUAUCAACAGAUUAUUAGGCACAAAAAAUUGGACUCAAAAAUAGCUUGGUGAACAUUCACUUUUAAUUGGGGGUCACUGAUGUUCUAUUACUAGAAUAUGGCAUCAGUGAAUGAUGGCUUAGGGGGCCUGACAUUUGGGUUUGUGUUGCCUCAGCUCACACGUCCCAGCCAGGGUCAGACGAUGAAUUCUGCAUAUAUUUUAUUCACAGUUUUACAGCAUAGAUGUAAAAUAUGUACUAGCAGCUGCCAGUAUGGCUGUUUUUAAUUAUUUUAACAUGAAAGAAAAAGAUAAUUUGUUUUAUUAUUAUUUUAUAGUUUUCCAGGUGCAAGGGGGUAUUUGUAUGCUUGAUGUUGUAGGCCAGGCAACUCUCCUCUGGGUUUCUGGGAAAAAGGUAUGCAAAUGUAGCUUUCUUUUCUAAAGGAUAAGAAAGCAGAGCCUCUGACACCAGAUGUAAUAUAGCUAUCCUAGAAGUCAAUGCUUAACCCUUUAAACUGGCUUUGAGGCAUAACAUAGAUAAUAUCUAAUCUAGUACCUUUUCUGGAGACAGCUUUUUUAGGUUGAUUGCCGCUGAUAAGUGCAGAGCAGAGAAAACUGGCUUAAAGGUGUUGUCUGACUUCAGCAAGUGGCAUUUAUUAUCUAGGG